AACGUAGCGGUUCUGAAAACCACCCUUCAUUUCAUUCUGGAGCCGGGAGGUCACACGCAGGCAUCAAAAUAGCUUCUCUCCUCAAAGUAAAUUAACUGAUAUCCUCAUUCUCCACUUGACAAGGUCAUGGAAGAUCUAGAGGAAACAUUAUUUGAAGAAUUCGAGAACUACUCCUAUAACCUGGAAUAUUACUCCUCAGAGUCUGAUUUGAAGGAGAAAGUCCAACUGGGAGUUGUUCAUUGGGUCUCCCUGGUGUUAUACUGUUUAGCAUUUAUUCUGGGCAUUCCAGGAAAUGCCACUGUCAUUUGGUUCACAGGGUUCAAGUGGAAGAAGACAGUCACCACUCUCUGGUUCCUCAAUCUGGCUAUUGCAGAUUUUAUUUUUCUUCUCUUCCUACCUCUGUACAUCUCCUAUGUGGCCAUGAAUUUCCACUGGCCCUUUGGCAUCUGGUUGUGCAAGGCCAAUUCCUUCAUUGCCCAGUUGAACAUGUUUGCUAGUGUUUUCUUCUUGACGGUGAUCAGCCUGGACCGCUAUAUCCACUUGAUCCAUCCUGUCGUAUCUCAUCGGCACCGAACCCUAAGGAACUCCUUGAUUGUUAUUAUAUCCGUUUGGUUUGUGGCUUCUCUAAUGGGUGGUCCUGCCCUCUAUUUCCGGGACACUCUGGAGUUCAAUAACCAAACUCUUUGCUAUAACAAUUUCCAUGAGCAUGAUCCUGACCUUACUUUGAUGAGGCACCAUGUUCUGACCUGGGUGAAAUUUAUUGUCGGGUACCUCUUUCCCUUGCUAGCAAUGAGCAUUUGCUACUUGUGUCUCAUCUUCAAGGUGAAGAAGCGCAGCAUCCUGGUCUCCAGUAAGCAUUUCUGGACCAUCCUGGCUGUGGUCAUGGCCUUUUUGGUUUGCUGGACUCCUUAUCACCUGUUUAGCAUUUGGGAGCUCACAAUCCACCACAGUAGCUAUUUCCACCAGGUGCUUCAGGCCGGUAUCCCCCUCUCCACUGGCUUGGCAUUCCUCAAUAGUUGCUUGAACCCCAUCCUUUACGUCCUAAUUAGUAAGAAGUUCCAAACUCGCUUUCGGGCCUCAGUUGCUGAGAUCCUAAAGCACACACUGUGGGAGGUCAGCUGUUCUGGCACAGUGAGCGAACAGCUCAGGAACUCUGAGACCAAGAACCCAUGUCUUCUGGAAACAGCUCAGUGAGUUAUCAGUAGAAGGCUUUUGUGGGGGGGGGCCCUGACAAAUGCUUUCAGAUUAUUUGGUUCCAAGGUAUGGUAAUAACCAUCUCUUUCUGUUAAUCAGUUUAGUGGCAUUACAUUUUUGUGUGGGUAUAAAACGUAGGAAAGAUCUUC